AUGCACACACAAGUCGAAGUUGAUCAGUUGCUACGUCAAUUUUGGGAGAUUGAUGAAUAUUCACCAAACGUGAAGCCUCUGUCAAAACUUGAAAUACAGUGUGAAGAGCAUUUUAAGAAAACUCACACUCGAAACACUGACGGUCGAUAUGAGGUUCGCCUACCCUUCAAGGACGAAGACGCUCCAAGUUUAGGCAACUCCAGACAACUUGCUUUGAAACGCUUACAUCAGAUGGAGAAUAAGUUUAAGCGAAGACCCGAGUUUCACGAAGAAUACAGCAAGUUCAUGAGACAAUAUGAGUCACUCGGUCACAUGGAGGUCGUCCCUGAAACAGAGAAGAUGAAUAGAGCUUAUUACCUACCACAUCAUGCUGUUCUUCGUGCCUCGAGCCUCACUACAAAGUUGCGCGUAGUAUUUGACGGAAGCGCUAAGCCUGUAGACGGAAACUCACUUAACGAUGAGUUACUCAUCGGCCCACCGCUGCAACAAGAUAUACGAGAUUUAGUAACACGGUGGAGACAACAUAAGUACUGCCUAGUAGCUGAUAUACAACACAUGUACCGACAGAUACUUAUUUCAAAGCAAGACACUGAUUACCAGAGAAUCUUGUGGCGCGAGUCAUCGGAAGAACCGAUUAGAGAAUAUCGGUUACUUACCGUCACAUAUGGCAGUUCAUGUGCUCCAUAUCUUGCUAUAAGGACACUUCAUCAACUUGCAGAGGACGAACGUGGAGAGUUUCCUGAAGCUGAACUUCUAAAAACUGAUCUCUAUAUGGACGAUUUGAUGACAGGCUCAUCUACAGAAGAAGACACUCAACGGCUUCAACGUCGCUUAACUGAACUGUUUAAACGUGGCGGUUUUCUUCUACACAAGUGGUCGUCUAAUAGUGAAAUAGUUUUAAAUGAGAUUCCCGAUUCGAUAAAAACAUUAAAAGGUUCAGUGAAUAUUAAAAUGGAUGAUUCGGUGAAAGCUCUGGGCAUAGCCUGGAAACCUCAAAGUGAUAUAUUUGAACUGGUAGUUAACUUACCUCAUGACAAUGACGUUGUUACAAAACGAAGUGUGCUAUCUGCGAUAGCAAAAACGUUUGACCCUCUGGGUUGGCUAGCACCUUGCGUGAUUGUGUUAAAAAUGUUUAUGCAGAAGUUGUGGCUGGCCGGCCUGGACUGGGACUCUGAACUUCCUGAAGACUUGAAAACUGAAUGGCAGAAUUACCUGACUAAUUUUGAACACAUGCAGGCCAUUCAGCUUCCACGUUGGCUAGGGAUUGCAAAUAAUGUCAAAAUUGAAUUGCACGGCUACUGUGACGCCUCUUGCGCCGCCUACGCUGCGGUUAUUUACAUCAGAGUCAUCACGGACAAUGAGAUAAAAAUUCCACAAUAG